ACACCAUCUCUCCAAACAACAUUGACAAGAGGAAUAUAAAAGGGUCAGUUCCUUUUUAACAAAGUUCACAUCUGACUAAUGAACGUGUUUGCAGGUCAAUAAAGUCAUUCUAGAAGCUGGGACUGAACAUACUAAAAAAACUGCAAAAUCAAGAUGAUUGCUGUGUUAGUGUUGCUUAUGGUGGGGCUGGUUUCUACCAAUAUUGUCUGUCCGGACGGGACAGAAUGUCAAGACAAAAAUACCUGCUGCCAAAUUAAAAUGGGAUAUGCAUGCUGCCAAUAUCCAAAUGCUGUGUGUUGUCCUGACAAGACCCACUGCUGUCCACAAGGCUACCAAUGUGACUUACAGUCCCAGUUGUGUGUAAACAAGGGGCUUCCAUGGUAUAAAAUCCCUCAUUCUCAUCAGAUAUCCACAGAGGGGGAAAAGAAAAUAGCUCCUGUAACCCCAGUGAACUCUGACAAUCCUUCUGUCGCUGUGGUUUACUGUGACAAUGUCCACACCUGCCCUGAUGGUACUACGUGCUGCAGAACACCUUAUGGACAGUGGUCAUGCUGCCUAUACAGUUUGGGUCAGUGCUGCUUUGAUGGCAUCCACUGCUGUCCCUUUGGUUAUCACUGUGACAGCACAUCCACCCAGUGUUUAAGAGGAGCACUGAGAUUUCCUGCUUCCCAACAGAUUGCUGCCAUGCAGAGCAUCACCAUUCAGGAUUCAUGCUGUCAGAGCGAGACAGGCUGCUGUCCCAUCGGCUUUCAGUGUGAUGAAGAGAGCAAAACCUGCAUGAGUGACAUUGGUCUUUGAGCAGAAGGUUAUUCAUUGGAAAAGGCAAUAAAACGUCCACAAAUGUAUUUGAUCAACAACUUUCUUCAGGUCCAUGAUUAGAUUUUUGUAAAGCCACAAUCAACAGUUACACAGCACAUUAAUAAUUUUUGAUUUUGAAGAAAUAAGAAAUGUUACAAAUAUAAACAGAUCAAUCCCCAACCCUAUUAAAAAAUCAUUUAAAUCCAAAAAA